AUGAUGAAGGAAACGGGCCGUUGUGAGCUGUUUGUUGGACGGGGUUACGAUGAUCUGGAACGGAAGCUCAAAAAGAUUUCAACGGAAAAAAGCAGCUUCCUUCAGCAACUCUCCAAAUCAACACCAGACCGACAAGGAAUGAAGGGAAGCCUCCAGUCCUUGAAAACGGAUGGGACGGUUACCAAAAACGACGUGCAGAAAUUACUGGAGAUAAGCCAGAAGCAGAAAGAUGAAAUGAAAUCUCUCCAGGAGGCCCUUGAGAAGGAGAUCAACGAGGCCACGUUGAAAGCAGAGAAGCAGCAGGCUGGGAUCAACUUCUUAAAGUCUGAGGUGGAAAGGAAGAGCAAGCUGAUAAAAGAUUUACAGCAAGAGAAUAAAAGUCUGAAAAACAAACUUCUCUCCGGGAACAAGCAGUGUGGUAUCCAUGCUGAGGAGUCCAAGAGGAUCCAGUCACAACUUAAGGAGCUACGCUAUGGGAAGAAGGAUUUGAUUUUUAAGGCCCAGCAACUGACCGACCUCGAACACAAACUGCUGGCAGCCAAACAGGAACUGGAAAAGACAGAAGGCGAUAAGGAAUCGCAGCUGAGGGCAUUGAAGGAGGUGGCGCGUCUGUGUGUGUCAGGCAUCCUCAGGAACCAGUCUCCCUUCAUGAGUAUCAUCCCUCCUCGAAACGCAGAGAAUGGCAUCUUACUAAACAAAAACACCUCUCGAUUUCCCUCCUACCAGCCCACCACAAAGCUCCAGGCCGUGUCCCAGACUGAAGAGACCAAAUCACCAAACAACGAGCCCUUCCUUCACGAGGCCACGAAGAGCAAUGAUGAAGAUACAGUGGACUGCAGUUUGCACAAGGCUGGCAAGAAUUGUUCUACGAAUAACCCUCCCGCUAAAUAGAAAGGCGCCCGAAACAAAAGUUCAAGUCUGGAGAUGAAAACCUACUCGACUGAGAAACAGAUCACAAACACUAGAAGAAAAUGAGUUCAGGUUGUGUCGAGGGCUAUUGGGCGUGAAAAUACUACGCUUCUACGACAGAAGCACUACAGAUCACACCGUAGAACAGUUUUGUAUUUGAAAUCUCCACGUUAUUUUAGUUCACACCAGUUUUCACAGCUGUACCAUGUUGCAUUUUCACUUCAAACCAGCUGAUCUUUUUUUUUAGACAAAUAGAGUCAAAUUAAGAUGGUUAAAGCAAAGUAGGCGGGUAAUUAGAUGGGAUUUUUUAUUAGAAUUAGUGGCAAUAGUUAUAAAGAAGACUGCAAUAAUCCAUUUUUCUUAUUGAAUCCAUCCAAUAUCAUUGAUUUGACAAAUACCGAGUCUGAUCUCCAUACAGACGGUGUUUUGGCUCAAACAAGUCCCGGUAAAAGCAAAUUAAUGGCCAAAGUCAACAAGCGAGAAAAUUGCUACAGUUAAUAACAAGUGUAAAAUUAAAAGCAGAGAUUCAAGCGUAAAAUGUUUAAGUCAUUAGUUAGUGAGCAUGCCAGCAUUCAAGGGAAUAAUUG